UUUUUUUUUGUUUUCUUUUUCCAUGACCACUUUGAAACCUUUAAAUUUAGAUUAAACUAUCAUUCUCCAUUUUCAGCUUCUCUGGACUAAAUGGCAUAAUUUCAAUGAAGAGGUGAGAUGUUUUAAGGUAAAAUGUGAAGUCCUCAUUAAUUCUAUCAAAUGAAAUCACCACCCUUAGUAAGAUUAAGAUGUCGCCCCCAGUCCUCCAUACCUACUACUCAUGGUCAUUCAGUUUUUCCUCUUAAUCGGCCCAGAUGUCUGAUCAGGUAGGCAAAAUGAAGGAAAAAUUACAUACGGAACCACUCACGAUUUAUUGGACAUUAAGAUUAAACAUCGUGGUAAUUUAGCCAUAUUGGUUUUACUUUUGCAUAUUUUUCUCCAAUCUAAGUAUUUGGAAAUAGGUCUGCAAUUCGUCCAAGUGUGUGAUACUUGCUGUGCUUGGAGUCGGCCGAGUCUGCAAUCGGUCAAAUCUCAUUAAAGUUACGUGCAUCUUUUUCAUAUAGUAUCUGGCUAAUGUAAGGGUUUUCAAAAGAGAAUUCAUUCCGAAGGUCUUGGUUAAGUGUUGGAAACUACUGAGCAGAAUACAAAACAUCCCAAAACACCUGCCGGCUUCUGCGUAUUUUUUCUGUUUUUGAAAAAAGAAGACCAUAAACAGUAGAUUCACAAUGCGACUGUUGUCGAGAAAAAGGCGCUAAAAAGCUUCUACCUUAAUGUUGCUAUAAAGGAGAACUGGAAAUAAAUUUUUGCACGAACUACUCAUGUAGAGUUUAAUCAUAUGUCGCAAGAGAGGAUGUAUGUGUCACGGGAAUAUUCCAAGCACUUUCGCAAGAUGUUUACUGACGCAAAUCGUUCACUUUUAAGUGCUUUUGUAGAAAUUGCACGUAAAUAGUCGGUAAUAGAAUGUAAAUAUUUUAAAUACAACAUCUGCUCUUAAUUCUUAAAUACGCUGCCAUAACCUCUUACAACAUUUGCCAAUGCAGAGAAAUUCUGAAACUGCUCUGAAAAAAGUGGUCUUGGCGAUGAAUUCAACGCUGUCAGCCAAUGCAAGCGGACAGCCAACAAGCAACACACCACUCCUCGGAGAUGGAAUUCUUGGGUUCAUCAUUUUUGACCUUAUGAUCGGUACGAUUAUUACUGUCGCAAACGCUUUUCUCUUCAUCACCAUUUAUCGCGAUCCUUGCCGAUGUUUGCGCACGCCAUCUGUAUUCCUCAUCGCAAACCUUUCAGUGGCGGAUUUUCUCAUGGGAAUUAUCAACUACCUUAGAGCCGUCGGGUGGAUCUAUAGCUACUGUGGGCUGGGAAGUAUUUUCAUCGUAAACAUCUCACAAUACUUACUUGGAGCUGUGUCCGUUCUUGCCGCUGGGCUGACGCUCGUGGCAAUGUCAUACGAGCGAUAUAUUGCAGUGAUUAAACCACUGGAAUAUCCCCAUAAAAUUUCUAACAGCAGAGCGAAAAUCGGUAUCGCUCUAAUUUGGAUAAAUGCCUUGAUUCUGUCCGUCCUUCCAGUUUCUGGCCUACCAUUGGCACUUUUUUCACUUGUCUACUGUUACUCUCACUUCGCUAUACCAGCAGUUGCUUUAACCGCAGUUUAUAUAAAAAUCUCUAAGACGGUUGCUCUUCAAAGACAGGAACUUAAAGAUGUUCGAGCAAGUCUGACAGCAGCCAACAGAAGAAAACAGUUGGAGAGAGAGAACAGAAUGUUCAUUGCAUUUCUUUUGAUCCUUUUGGUGUUUUAUUUCUCAUUCUUUCCUUAUUUUAUCAAGGUACAUGUUCUUUAUUUUUGUUCUUGCCGAAUCUCUUUUGCAUACGAUGUUUACUAUCUUAUCGCUAACGCACUUUUGUCAGUGAGUUCUGUGCUUGAUCCGUUCAUGUACGCAUGGAGACUACCAAAGUUCAAACGUUCGUUUCGUUUGUGUUUUUUACUGUGCAGAGGCAGGAGCGUUGUAGUGCCGUGGGACGGAACAACGUCCUUUUACCAAAACCGAACCAUCUGCCAUUAAACGGAAAGCAAUGUCCAACAUUUUAACAAUUUUCAGGCCUGGUGAGGGUUAAAUUAUUAUUCGUAAAUUUUCCAGUUUAGCGUGCGUGAUUUGUUAGUUUUACUUUCGUUUCAAACUGUCAAAAUGACCUGGCUUUGAAGGCUAAAUUAAACACGCUACUUUCAGUUAUUUAAAUGAGAUCGUAAAAGCUGAUUUUCAAACGUUUCAAUUUGCGGUAUUGAUCAAGACAAUUUGUGCAUGAUAGUAACUGUCAUUUUUUGUUAGCCAUAAACCUGUCACCUUGUAAUACUUAGCAAUAAAUCUGCCAACUUCAUAUUUUUUGUCACCUGCCUUAAAAUACGUGGUAGCCAGUCAGGACGUGAUCUCUCGAAUUUAGGAAUGGACCGUUUCAUCACUGAAGGAGAAACGGGGCGGAAAGGGGGUGUUGAACAAUUACACCUAAAAAGCGACAUAACAGUCGUGCAUAGUGAGCCGAGCAAAAGAAACAUCGGCAUUUCGAAAUCCAUUCUUUCAGGGCCUGACAGUCAAAAAAAAUGUUCUUCAGAAAAAUUGCUUGACCUCCCCUGAAAAUAUGAUGGUCCAUCCCUCACUUAGAAGGUCUUGGCACGUGACUUGCGCGUCUUUAUUCGUGUGAUGUUCACACAGAGGUUUGUCCUUCGUUGACGCUGUCACUAUUUUGUUUGUUUAUUUGUUUUUUUUUUCCAAAAUCCCAUAAACCCAUAAUCCGUUUAAGAAAAACAAGAAUUGUAGCCAAAUAGAAGUAACUGAAUAUCAAAAAUCACAGGACAGCUAACUUACCAACCCUCUAUUUGGCAUAAAGUGUAGGGAGCCCGAUGGAAAAUAAUUUGUGGCCCCGCAAAAUCGAUGCAAGAAAAAAUUUUGUUUCUGCAGCGACGAAAGUGAACAUUCCGCUGAGGACGAAUUUUACUCUGAUUGUGGUGAACUCACCAACACAGAAUUAUCCCAGUUGCCAACUUACUCGGGAAGAACGGGAAAAUAUGUGGAGUGCUCUGUUCGUACGUCGUGACCUCCAGCCAAAUAUAUCCCUUCCCACUUAGUCCAUAAGUAUAUACAGUGUAACUCCGCUAUUUCGAACUUUGAGGGUAAAAAAAUAGUUCGAAAUAGCGGGAAGCUCGAAAUAGCCGAUAGUAAAUGUCUGAAAAAGACAAGUCGAAAUCCAAGAAAAAUGGUUUUGAGUUCAAAAUAACGGGGAAUUGUAAUAAACCGAGUUCGAUUUAGCGAGGUCCAGUGAGAUCCGUAACUUACAGUACGGACUUACAGGGAGAACUCUUUUCUACGGCAAUGGAGGUCUUAGACGGAUUUCAUCUGAUCUCUGAACUCAAGGUAAAUUAUGAGAAAACAAUAGUGCUCUGGGUGGUUUCAUCAAAAGAAAGAGACCCGAUACAAUGUUACAAGUCAGACAUUUCCUGGCUGUACGGAGGAGUCUGCACUGGGCGUUUGGCUUACAAUACACUGAAAUGCAAUGCUUUGCUCCAAUUAUGAUGAGGGAUUGAAAAAAUAGGAAAUGUUCAUUUAAUUGGCAAAAUUAAUAUUACCAUCAUAAAAGGUCCUCUUGUUUCCUAACUGGUCUGUACUCUAACGCCGAUAACAAUCUCCGUCAGGACUUUACAAAAAGUUAAUAAAAUGUAUGUUUUUCUAAUUUCUCUGCGACGGUGAGGGCGAUAGGAUAUUAAACAACCAAAGAUUACAAAGAGGGCGGCCUGGAAAUGAUUGAUAUACUUCAACCUCUUAAGUCUCAUGAAAUAUCUUUUCCCGGCCUCUUGACCCACAAAACGAUAGAGAAUUGAAAUUUGUUUUCGAGAACAGUCUCGGAAAUCAUCGAGGGGAGGCGAAUUUCUUGUGUUACCUUCACAAAGACGACAUCUCUAUAUAUGACUGGGUUCAAUAACUCUUUUGUCCAAGGCGUGCUAGAAACCUGGACGGAGUUACACUUUACUGGAAAGUCGCAGGUAUUACUGACGCAAUUAUUGGUGAUCAGAUUAUCCGGUACAAUUUCCACCUCA